UUGUUAUCUAUCUCUUUCACCCCAAGUUUUGUGAAAAGUUUGAAAUAUAGAAAAUCAAUAUUCGCAGCGUCGAUGGUAGCAUCAGAUCAAACUUCGCUUUACUCUUCGAGUCGAUCAGGUUUUUUUUUUCUCCGUCGUUUUUUAUUUUCUUCCUCUUUAGGCUUUCUUGAAUCCGGGAAUGUUUGUUUGAUCUCUGAGAAUAUUUCAAUUUUUGUACAGAACAAGACGUUGUUGCUGGUCGUGGUUAUAACGAGCAUGAGGUUUUGAGUAAUGUUAAAGGUUCCAAUACCUCGUCUCAGUCUUUGGCGGGAAAAUCGGAAAGUUGCGUCGCUGGUGGAACCAAUGACUCUAGUUUAUAUAACUCGGAUCAAUCUGCUUUACCAAUGACUGAUAGCGUUACGUCUGUUUCUCCGGAGUCUGGUUCUUCAUCGUUAUCUACAAUGUCGGAGGUUGAAACGGUGGAAGAAGAAGAUGGUUUAGAAUCUAAGGAUGGAAUCAAAGAGGAGAGGAGUUUCGAUGAUGACAACAAAAGCGAUCAGGUUGUCCAAGAAGAGAUUGUGAACUUCACUUGUACAGAAUCUAAAGACUCUCCUAUAGUUUCUGUUGAUGCAAAAGAGGAUUCAAAGUCAGCAGCCGAGUCGUCACAGCCAAGUUCAGAUGGAACAAAAAACCUCUCUGUGGAACCUCCAGCUCCACCACGUCCAAAAGGUUUCAACAUCUUUCCCAGUCUAAAACUUGCAAUGGACGAAGAGAGUGUGCAUAACUUGAGCGAGGCAGAGAAACAUAAGCUGGAGAAAUUGCAAAGUUUGCGAGUGAAAUAUUUGCGUCUUGUGCAUAGGUUGAGGCAGUCUAUAGAUAUUUCAAUAGCAGAACAUGUUCUUCACCGUCUUGCACUCCUUUCUGGGAAGGGUUCUGGUCAGUCAUUUAGUCUUGACGCUGCAAAAAAGAAAGCUAUGGAGUCUGAGGCUGAGGGAGAAGAUGAUUUGAAUUUCUCUGUAAACAUAUUGGUCCUUGGAAAAUCCGGAGUGGGAAAAAGUGCAACGAUAAACUCCAUAUUCGGUGAACAGAACGCACCCAUUGAUGCAUUUGGACCUUCCACAACUUCGGUUAGAGAAAUUUCUGGAACAGUGGGUGGUGUCAAGAUCACAAUCAUCGAUACUCCGGGCUUAAAAUCUUCUGCCAUGGAUCAAAAUGCCAAUUCCAAAAUGUUGUCUUCGGUAAAAAAGGCAAUGAAGAAGUGUCCUCCUGAUGUUGUUCUCUAUGUUGAUCGUCUUGAUACUCAGACAAAGGACUUGAAUAAUCUGCUCUUGAUAAAGACGAUCGCUGCUUCUCUUGGUCCAUCUAUAUUGAAAAACGCCAUAGUGACAUUGACCCAUGCUGCUUCUGCUCCUCCUGAUGGCCCAUCUGGCAAUCCUUUGAACUAUGAUGUGUUUGUAUCGCAGUGUUCAUAUCUUAUUCAACAGUCUAUUGGACAAGCCGUUGGUUUGACAUAUUCAGGUCCAAUGACUCCAGUUUCUCUUGUUGAGAAUCAUCCCUUAUGUAGGAAGAACAGAGCUGGGGAAAAGAUUCUCCCAAACGGCCAAGCUUGGAAACCAGGGCUGUUGCUAUUGUGCUACUCUCUUAAGGUUUUAUCAGAAGCAGUUUCUCUAUCGAUUCCUCCUCAAGAAAGUAAAUUUUUUGGGUCCCGAGUUCGAGCCCCACCUCUCUCGUCCAUAUUGUCUUGGCUGUUGCCAUCUCGUGCACAUCUAAAGCUCCCUGCAGAUCAAGGUGGUGCUGGUGUUGACUCUGAUAUUGAAAUCGAUGACGUGUCUGAUUCCGAGCAAGAAGAAGAUGACGAGUAUGAUCAGCUGCCACCGUUUAAGCCUCUCCGGAAAUCCCAGCUUGCUAAACUCUCAAAGGAACAGAGAAACGCAUACUUUGACGAGUAUAAUUACCGGGAAAAGCUCCUGAAGAGGAAACAAUGGAAAGAGGAGCUGAGAAGGAUGAGAGAAACGAAGAAAAACGGGAAAAAGAUAGAAGACGAACCGGAAGAAGAAGAAGACGAUCCACUUGCAUCGUCGUCUCCUGCUUUGCUACCGGAUAUAGAAUUGCCAACUUCAUUUGACAGUGAUAACUCAGCUUAUCGUUACCGUUCUCUUGAACCCACUUCAAAGUUCCUUACCAGAUCACUGUUGGAUCCUCGAGGCUGGGACAAUGAUUGUGGAUUUGAUUGUGUCAUCGCAGAACAUAGUCUCGCCAUAGCUAAGCGUUUCCCAGCCGCAUUCACUGUCCAAAUGACCAAGGACAAGAAAGAGUUCAACAUCCAUCUAGAAUCCUCUGUUUGUGCUAAGCACGGGGACAAUAGAUCCACCAUGGCAGAGCUUCAUAUCUUAGGAAGUGAGCAGCUUAUGUAUUUGCUCAGAGGAGAAACCAAAGCCAAGAUCUUUAAAAAGAACAAGAUGACUUUUGGAGGGACAAUGGCGUUUAUUGAUAGGAACAUUGUCACUGGUCUCAAACUCGAGGACCAAAUCGCUCUUGGGAAAAGGCUCGUCCUUGUGGGAAACGCAGGGACUACGAGGUCACAAGGAGACUCAGCUUAUGAAGCAAACCUUGAAGUCAGGUUUAGAGAAGCUGAUUUCCCAAUAGGGCAAAACCAACUCGCUCUGGGACUGUCUCUAACAAAGUCGAAUGACGAUUUGACCCUCAAACCAAAUCUCCGAUCUCAGGUCUGUAUCGGAGGAGACACGAGGCUAGCAGCUUCUGCAAGUAUUGACAACAAAAGGUUCGGACAGGUUACGGUCCGAGCCAGCGGCUCAGAUCAGUGGCAGAUUUCGGGCAUGGCCAUUCUUGCUCUCGCUAUGACCAUCUACAAGAGGUUUAUUCGAUCAGGAGACAGUUGAGAAGGAGGCUUUUAAGAUUAUUAGGGUGUUUUUUUUUUUAAUAGAAAACCUUUCGAUAUGAGAUUUUGUGCAAAAAGUAGUUUUCUUCUUUCUGAUGAGAUGAUUAUAUAUAUGAUCAUACCUUUCUUUUGCUGUUCAUCAUACCAUCAA